UUACCUAAUCGUGUCUUUACCCUAAUGCUACACUCUUCGGUUCAGGCCGCCGCCUCUGCGGUAGUCGAACCACCGUGGAAAAAGAGGAAACCGAAUCCAUCUCCACCGUCGUUUUUGUCGCUUCCAGAUGUGAUCAUUCUAAACUGCUUAGCCCGCGUAUCCAAGUCCUACUACCCUAUACUCUCCCUAGUCUCCAAAACCUUUCGCUCUCUUAUCUUAUCCAUUGAGCUCAACCACGCACGGUUUCACCACAAAACACUAGAAUCGAUCUUUUCUAUAUGUAUACAGCUUCCCGACCGCCCUCUUCCCUUGUGGUUCACCCUGUGGAUACAACCUGAUCAUAUCGAGAAGAAGAAAGCUACAUUGGUUCAAGUGCCGUCUUCCUAUGCUCGUCGAGAACCAUUGUUAGUCUGUACGGUUGGUUCAGAUAUCUAUGCAUUCAGUCAACGCUAUCCCCCGUCGCUACUCAUGUUAGUCCGCAAUAAAGAGAGUGCAAUAUGGCGUAACGACGCACCUAAGAUGACUGUAGCUCGAGUGAAUCCCGCUGCAUGCGUACUCCACGGGAAGAUAUACGUAAUGGGAGGUUGCGAUGCAAAUAAAUCCGCGAAAAGCUGGGGUGAGGUUUUCGAUACAGAGACUCGAACAUGGGAGCCUUUACCUGAACCUGGAGCCGAGCUUCGAUUCUCUUCAGUGAUUAGAAAAAUAGAGAUUACCCAAGGGAAGCUUUACGUUAGGAGUAACGAGGAGAAAGACUCUGUCUAUGAUCCGGAAACGCGUAAGUGGGACGCUACAGCAAAAGCACCCGUGGAUGCUGUUAGGUGUAUGGUACGUAAUAUAUAUUACGCUUGUCGUGCGAAAAGUUGCAUUUGGUAUGACGAAGAGUGUAACGUGUGGAAACAGGUCAAGGGGUUGUCUUCAUUGAAUAAGAAUUAUCGUAGUAUGAUUGAAGCAGUUGAAUACUGUGGGAAACUCUUAAUCAUUUGGUACAAGUUUGUGCAGCCUCAUCGUCGUGAAAAGACUAUUUGUUGUGCAUUGGUUGCGCUUGAAAAGCGCCAGAAUGGUCAAGUUUGGGGAAAGGUCGAGUGGUCUAAUGGUGUGCUUACGGUUCCCAGUUCAUACGCUUUCUUGCGUUCUUCAGUGAUACUGACUUGAUCAAUUGUCAUCUUUUUUUUUUUUGUUUGUUGUCGAGAAUGGCUUUUAGAUUUGUUUCUUAAAACAUCGUUUCAAAUCAUUGGUGGCUUUGCUUAGCCUUUAUUAUUUAGUUUUGACGUGACACUAUGUCACUUGUUUUAGUCAAAAAAAAAAAGACACUAUGUCACUUGUUUUUUUCCUUCUUUUCUAUUCUG